GACACGCAACUCGGGACCGGGAGGCGCUGCGCGCCUUCGCCCAAAUCGCUCAGAAUAGGAUAUAUCAAGGAUCAUGGACAUCGAAUGUUCAUAGCACGGUAGUAGAGGCAAUAUUAAUUGAAUUCUCCAAGCAGAACUGCUCCAAGUGACUUGCAAAGAUUGAUAGUCUAUUAUGUAACGAGGAACAAGUGUAGGAACAGAAUUAAGUCUUUGCGCAAGCGUCGGAAGCAGUACGAACCUUCUGACUUCGUACUGUGACGUCGCGCCGUAUCGUCUCAGUCGUCCUCAACGACAACGUUCUUCCUCCUUUUCUUUUCCCCACCCACCGCUCCCUUUUCAACACGCGAUGGUUCGUGCCAACACUCAAGCAUCGCUCAUCGCUCUCCCUCUUUGGUGGUCCGGACUCCGCCUGAUCCCUGUCAUGAGUAGCUCGCGAUGGUUUUCUUUUCCCUCCCACCCUCGCAGCUCACCUUUUAUCUGGCAGGACACGCAACUCGGGACCGGGAGGCACUGCGCGCCUUCGCCCAAAUCGCUCAGAAUAGGAUAUAUCGAGGAUCGUGGACAUUGAAUGUUCAUAGCACGGUAGUAGAGGCAAUAUUAAUUGAAUUCUCCAAGCAGAACUGCUCCAAGUGACUCGCAAAGA